AUGCCUGCCUCCCCAAACCCCAGCCCUGCCCCGGGCGAGGCACCCAUGGGCGCUCCCGGCUCUAUCCACGGCAGCCACGAGACCGUCGUCGACAUGGAGGGCAUCGCCUCUACCGCACACUUCACCGAGAAGCCCAAGAAUGCGUCCCCCAAUGAAAAGUCCAGCUCCAGCUCCAGCGACGACGAUGAGGAUGAGGAGGGCAUGAACGAGAUGGAGCGUCGCCACUCCAUUGUUCGUGACCUCGCGAGGCAGUACACCCAGACUUCGAUGCAGAACUUUCAGGGUGAUGGUGCUGCUCUCUUUGCUGCCGACGACAAGGACUCUCCUCUGAACCCUCAGAGCGAAAAGUUCAACGCCAGAGCCUGGGCCAAGGCCGUCGCCAAGACCAUGUCGGAGCACGGCAGCGGUUUCCGUCAGAGCGGCCUCUGCUUCCAGGACAUGAACGUGUUUGGCUACGGCGCAGAGACCGAUUAUCAGAAGGAUGUUGGCAACGUCUGGCUCGGCAUUCCCAGCGCUAUCACCAACCUCACCUCUCCGAACCGCGGCAAGCGACGGAUCGACAUUCUUCGAGGUUUUGACGGUGUUGUCAAGGCUGGUGAGAUGGUUGUCGUUCUCGGUCCUCCUGGUUCAGGUUGCUCAACUUUCUUGAAGACGAUUUCUGGAGAGACCAAUGGUAUCUAUGUUGACGACAAGACCUACUUCAACUACCAGGGUGUUCCGGCCGAUGAGAUGCACAACCAUCACUCGGGAGAAGCUAUUUACACCGCUGAGGUCGACGUCCACUUCCCCAUGCUCUCAGUUGGCGACACUCUCACCUUUGCCUCUCGCGCGAGAUGCCCUCAGAACCUGCCCCCCGGCGUCGCCCACAACCAGUACAGCGACCACUUCAGGGACGUCGUCAUGGCUAUGUACGGUAUCAGCCACACCAUCAACACCCGAGUCGGCGACAACUACAUCCGAGGUGUUUCUGGCGGAGAGAGGAAGCGUGUCACCAUCGCCGAGGCCACCCUAUCUAACGCCCCCUUCCAAUGCUGGGAUAACUCGACCCGUGGUCUCGACUCGGCCAACGCCAUCGAAUUCUGCAAGACGUUGAGACUGCAGUCCGAGCUGUUCGGUCAGACCUGCGCCGUCUCCAUCUAUCAGGCUCCCCAGAGCGCGUACGACCUGUUCGACAAGGCCCUCGUCCUCUACGAAGGCCGACAGAUCUUCUUUGGUCGUGCCGAGGACGCCAAGGCCUACUUCAUCAACCUCGGCUUCGAGUGCCCCGACCGACAGACAACCCCCGAUUUCUUGACCUCGAUGACUGCGCCUUCUGAGCGCAUCGUCCGUCCCGGCUGGGAGAACCGAGCCCCCCGUACGCCCGAUGAGUUCGCCGCCCGGUGGAAGGAGAGCCGAGAGUAUCAGCUCCUGCAGAACGAGAUCGACACCUACAAGAGCCUGUACCCCCUCAACGGUUCUAGCGCCGACGCCUUCCGAGAGAACAAGCAGCAGACCCAGGCCAAGGGCCAGCGUCUUAAGUCCCCCUUCACCCUCUCCUACGUGCAGCAGAUCCAGCUCUGCCUGUGGCGAGGAUUCAAGCGUCUCAAGGGUUCACCCGAGGUCACAAUCUUCUCUCUCAUCGCCAACACGUCCACCGCUCUCAUCGCCUCCUCGCUGCUGUACAACCUCCCUGAGACGACAGGAUCCUUCCAAAACAGAGGAAUCGUCCUGUUCAUCGGUGUUCUCGCCAACGCGUUUGCUAGUGCUCUGGAAAUUUUGACCCAAUACGCUCAACGGCCCAUUGUUGAGAAACACACUCGUUACGCUUUUUACCAUGCCUCCGCGGAAGCCUUUUCGUCAAUCUUGGUCGACAUGCCGUAUAAGAUUCUUAACAGUAUCUUUUAUAAUCUCACGCUGUACUUCAUGACCAACCUGAACCGCACUCCUGGCGCUUUCUUCUUCUUCCUCUUCGUCUCUUUCCUCAUGGUCCUGGCCAUGUCUGGUAUCUUCCGUACUAUUGCCUCCGUCUCUCGAACGCUCUCGCAGGCCAUGGUUCCGGCUUCGAUCCUGAUUCUCGCCCUCGUCAUCUUUGCCGGCUUCGUCAUUCCCGUCGAUUACAUGCUUGGCUGGUGCCGAUGGAUCAACUAUCUCGACCCUGUCGCUUACGCUUAUGAGGCUCUCAUGAUUAACGAAUUCCACAACCGCAACUUUACCUGCAACCAGUUCGUCCCCAGCGCGGCCAUCCCCACGUACGCCGACAUCACAGGCACCAUGCGCGCCUGCUCCGCUGUGGGUGCUCUGCCCGGUCAGGACUAUGUCAACGGUGAUGCCUUCAUGAACUCCAAGUAUAAGUACUACCACAGCCACAAGUGGCGCAACGUCGGCAUCAUCAUCGCUUUCGUCCUCUUCUUCCAUCUCACCUACAUCGCUGCCACCGAGCUCAUCGCGGCCAAGAAGUCCAAGGGCGAGGUCCUCGUCUUCCGACGUGGAAACAUGCCUGCUGUCUCUCAGGGCAAGGGUGAUGCCGAGGCCGCUUAUUCCGGUCCCAUCAAGGCUGCCGACAAGGUCCAAAACGAGAACGACAAUGCCAACAUUCAGGGUUCCACCAGCGUCUUCCACUGGAACAACGUUUGCUACGACAUCAAGAUCAAGGGAGAACCGCGACGCAUUCUGGACCAUGUUGACGGUUGGGUCAAGCCCGGUACCCUGACUGCUCUCAUGGGUGUGUCUGGUGCCGGUAAGACUACCCUUCUCGACUGUCUCGCUGAUCGUAUCUCCAUGGGCGUCAUCACUGGUGAAAUGCUUGUCGAUGGCAAGAUUCGCGAUUCCUCAUUCCAGCGUAAAACCGGUUAUGUGCAGCAACAGGAUCUUCACUUGGAAACCAGCACUGUUCGCGAGGCCCUGACUUUCAGCGCCCUUCUUCGACAGCCUGCCACCACUCCCCGCGCUGAGAAGAUUGCCUAUGUUGACGAGGUCAUCAAGCUGUUGGAUAUGGAAGAGUAUGCUGACGCCGUCGUCGGUAUCCUUGGUGAGGGUCUCAACGUUGAGCAGCGCAAGCGUCUUACCAUUGGUGUUGAGCUCGCUGCCAAGCCUCCUCUGCUGCUGUUUGUUGAUGAACCUACUUCUGGACUUGACUCGCAGACCUCUUGGGCUAUCCUUGACCUCCUCGAGAAGCUCUCCAAGGCCGGACAGUCUAUCCUGUGCACCAUCCAUCAGCCCUCUGCUAUGCUCUUCCAACGCUUCGAUCGUCUUCUGUUCCUCGCCAAGGGUGGACGCACCAUCUACUUUGGCGAUAUCGGUGAGAACUCUGAGACUCUGACUUCGUAUUUCGAGAAGAACGGAUCCAGCGCCUGCCCCAAGGGUGAGAACCCUGCCGAGUGGAUGCUCGAGGUCAUUGGCGCCGCCCCUGGUUCUCACAGCGACAUCGACUGGCAUCAGACCUGGAAGGACAGCCCCGAGUACCAGGCCGUUCAGACCGAGCUUCAGCGUCUCAAGGCUGAAGGCCCUGCCAACUCUGCUGCCCAUGACAACGACCACGGUGCCUACAACGAGUUUGCCGCCCCCUUCUGGGAGCAGCUUAAAAUUGCCACCCAGCGAGUCUUUGAGCAGUACUGGCGAACUCCAUCGUACAUCUACUCCAAGGCUGCUCUGUGUAUUUCGGUUGCUCUCUUCAUCGGUCUGGUCUUCCUCAACGCCCCCCUGACCAUGCAGGGCCUACAGAACCAGAUGUUCGCCGUCUUCAACAUCUUGACCAUCUUUGGCCAGCUCGUCCAACAGCAGAUGCCUCACUUCGUCACCCAACGAUCCCUGUACGAGGUUCGCGAGCGCCCAUCCAAGGCUUACAGCUGGAAGGUCUUUAUGCUGUCUCAGAUCAUUGCCGAGAUCCCCUGGAACACUCUCAUGUCGGUCCUGAUGUUUGUCUGCGUCUACUACCCUGUUGGCUUCGACAAGAACGCUGCAGCGGCCGGUCAGACUGCUGAGCGCGGUGCUCUCAUGUGGCUUCUGUUCUGGCAGUUCCUCAUCUUCACUUGCACCUUUGCUCACGCCUGUAUCGCCAUCACUGACACCGCCGAGGCUGGUGGUAACCUUGCCAACGUCCUCUUCAUGCUCUGCCUGUUCUUCUGUGGUGUGUUGGCCUCUCCUGAUCAGAUGCCUGGCUUCUGGAUCUUCAUGUAUCGUGUCUCCCCCUUCACGUACUUGGUCUCUGCCAUCAUGGCGACUGGUCUGGCCAACACCGAGGUUACCUGCGCAGCCAACGAAUACGUCAUCUUUGACGCCCCCAAGGGCCAAGACUGCGCCACUUACCUCGCGGACUACAUCUCUGCGGCUGGCGGUUACGUCCUCAACGAGAGCGCCACCUCCGACUGUCAGUACUGCCCUAUGAAGGACACCAACGUCUUCCUCAAGGCCCUCAGCUCCAGCUACGACAACCGAUGGAGAGACUGGGGUAUCGGCAUGGUGUACAUCGUCGUCAACAUUGCGGCGUCGCUGGCCCUGUACUGGCUCGUCCGCAUGCCCAAGGGGAAGAAGCAGAAGCAGUCGUAG